AUGAAGUACCAAGCUGUUGUUUUUGCCACUUCGGCUCUCCUCGGUCUUGCGGUGGCCAGCCCUUAUCACCGCAUUCACGAAAUCCGUCGUGUCAACAAGCGUGAAGUUCCUCAGGAACACUCGCACGAGAUCUUCCUCAACAUUACCCGCGAAUUCCUCAACAUUAACAACCCCAAGGCCAUUGCCGACCCUGUUUUCGGUCUUCUCGGCGACGGAGCGGCAAAGGCUGGCGCUGGCCAAGUCACCAACCUCGCCUGCUUGCAGCAGGAAACCGCUGACCAGGCCUUCACCAACGCAAAGGCGACCAAGGACAUUCGUGGCAUGUCUGCUGCUUUGGUCUACCAGAGCCUGGAGCGCAACACCGCUGGCAUCGGCUUGAACAGCGCGGCUUGCACUGACAAAGCCGUCAACCCCGAGAUCGCGGCUCUUGUCAACAAGCACCAAGACCCUGCCGGCGACAACGCUGCUGCUAACAACAAAGCGGUUACCCUUGAGUUGGCAAAGCAACUCGCUUCGAUUGGAGGUGACCCCAUGCUUGCCCUUGAGAGCGGCACUUUUGCUCCUGGCGACAAGUCCGACACUACCUUGGCGGGCAACACCUGUGACGACCAGAAUGAUCCUAAUGGCUGCAUCUUCACCCAAAAGAAGCUUGUUCUUGAUGCUACGCCUGAUGAGAUCACCGCUGCUAUCCAGGGUAUCACCUCGACCAUCACCGGAGGCACGGGUGAACUGAAGGCAACCCAAAUUGACUUCGCCGGUCUUCCGGUUGCUGGGCAGUCUGGUAGCGCUUCUGGCUCUUCCACCAACACCGCUCCUGCAAACGCAACCACCUCGAACACCGGCAGCUCCACCAACAAGAAGGGCACUUCUUGCAAGGCUGCCAACAACAGCAGUGCAACUGCCGCCGCCAGCACUGGCAGUGGUACCAACGUCCAGACUUUCACUGGUGAUCUCGGCGGCCUGCCUCCUCCGGUUAUCCAGAGCUCCGGCACGCGUCCCUUCUCCGUCAACGGCGACACCUUUGUCGGAAAGGGUGCCGCUCUCGGCCGCUCCUGUGACGUCCAGCACAACGCCUGCGCCCGUGCCGCCAACAGCGGCCAGCUCUCCGGCGGUGUUUCCCAGUGCGACGACCAGGAUGCGAAAUGCCGCGCCCAGGCGAACCUGCGCAAGCGUUUCUUCAAGCGCCAGGCCACUGACUUCGGCUCGUGCAGCGACCCCUCCGUUGUCUUCAAGAGCGGUCUUGCCGAUCGCCAGGAGGCUGCCUUCAUCGCCAACAACCAGAAGGACUUCAACCACGGCUCUGCGCAGAAGAUCGGCAUUAUUGCUGGAUUCAUUUGCCAGCGCCUGCAGGAUAGCUGCAAGGCCCCCCAGGCUACUGUUGAUAGCUGCAAGCAGGCUCAGACCGCUGCUACAGCUGCUACCCAGGACGAGACUGCUGCGAAUGUGUUCAACAGCAUGCUCAUUGGCGGCGCUUCCGGAUCUAACGUCACUGCCCGUGCCACCUUCUGA